GAUUUAGGUUAAUACAUGUGAUGGGAUGUUCAUUUAAACAUGAAUAUGAUGGCUGCAACAUUAUCCAGGAAGCUUCCCGUCAGCAGACUUAUCGCGCAUGCGCGAUGCAUACAGUCAACAGUCACGUGGCAAGCAGAAACAACUUCCGGUGUAAAACCAUUCCACCACCAGGAGAUUCUAGAGCUAGAGAGACCACCGGAAGUGACGUUGAGAAAACUGACGGACAAAUAUGUUGAGACAACCAGACUUGGUGACCACACAUUUCUACGGGUUGACCCCCGGGCUCUCACCCUGCUCUCCGAGGAAGCGAUGGUUGACAUGGCUCAUCUGUACAGGACAAGUCAUCUUAAACAAUUAGCAAACAUUCUUGAAGACCCGGAAGCUUCGAAAAAUGACCGUUUCAUAGCGACGGAAAUGCUGAAGAACGCAUGCGUGUCGGCUGGUAUGGUACUUCCGGGAUGUCAAGACACAGGGACAGGGAUUUGUAUAGGGAAGAAAGGCCAGUACGUACUGACGGACGGAAGGGACGAAGAGUCUAUAUCCAGGGGAAUUUAUAACACGUACACCGGAAAGAACCUGAGAUACUCCCAGGUAGCUCCACUAGACAUGUACACUGAAGUGAACACACGGACGAACCUGCCCGCCCAAGUGGAGAUCUACGCCACCGGAAGUGACCGUUACGACUUCCUGUUUCUGGCUAAGGGUGGCGGAUCCGCCAAUAAGACUUUUCUUUACCAGAAAACCAAAGCGCUUCUUAACCCGGAAAAAUUGCUGGAGUUUGUUUACGAAAAAAUACAGACACUAGGUACCCAAGCCUGUCCGCCCUAUCAUCUAGCCCUGGUCGUGGGUGGAACAUCAGCUGAGUUCAACCUGAAAACUGUUAAACUUGCGACGUCUAGGUACCUGGAUACCCUUCCAGCUUCUGGAAACGAGCAUGGUCGAGGCUUUCGAGAUCUGGAGUUGGAACAGCAGAUAUGGAAGCUGUCCCAGAAGACCGGUAUCGGCGCCCAGUUUGGCGGAAAAUAUUUCUGCCAUGAUGUCAGAGUAAUACGUCUGCCACGUCACGGUGCCUCGUGUCCUGUUGGCCUUGGUGUGUCGUGUUCCGCCGACAGACAGAUUCUAGGUUCUAUCACGCAUGAGGGUGUGUUUCUGGAACAACUGGAGACCAACCCGGCUCAGUUUCUCCCGGAAGUGGAUUCAACUGCUCUCAGCGAGGACGUGGCACAGAUAAAUGUCAACCGUCCUAUGGCGGAGGUGCUAGCGGAUUUGUCGAAAAUUUCCGUACAAACACGUGUCACUCUCACCGGAACUCUCAUAGUCGCACGUGACAUUGCGCAUGCGCGCCUGAAAGAAAGGUUGGACAGUGGCGAAGGGCUUCCGGACUACUUUAAACAGCAUCCAGUUAUUUAUGCAGGGCCGUCGAAAACCCCAGAAGGUCAUGCUACGGGGUCUAUUGGCCCCACGACGGGUGGGCGAAUGGAUCCGUACGUGGACGAGUUUCAGAAGGGCGGCGGAAGUAUGGUCAUGAUUGCCAAGGGCAACCGGAGUAAACAGGUUGUGAGGGCUUGUAAAGAAAACGGCGGUUUCUAUUUGGCAUCUAUUGGCGGGAUAGCUGGUACCAUAGCAACGGAAUGCUUCAAGUCGAUAGAGCUUCUGGAAUACCCUGACCUUGGAAUGGAGGCAAUAUACCGUGUAGAAGUGGAAAACUUCCCAGCUUUUGUAGUCAUAGACGACAAAGGAAAUGACUUUUUCAAACAAUGGAGGAUAGAUUAGAAAUGGAAACUGGCCUUGUAACUAAACGUUUAUGUGUUAUCACAGUUAUUAAAUAUGAGUAGAAUGUGA